UCUUCGAGUUCCCCGAGAGCUCGCAGGCCGCGCGCGUGCUCGCCGUCGUCUCCGUGCUGGUCAUUCUCGUCUCCAUCGUCGUCUUCUGCCUCGAGACGCUGCCCGAUUUCCGCGACGAACGCGACAGGCCGGGGCUUGCAGCGGUGGCUGCGGCGGGACAGUUCCCCUCUCGGCUGAACGGCUCCAGCCCUGUGCCCGGACCCCCACCCCGCACACCCUUCGAUGACCCGUUCUUCGUGGUGGAGACGCUGUGCAUCUGCUGGUUCUCCUUCGAGCUGCUGGUGCGCCUGUUGGCCUGCCCGAGCAAGACGGCCUUCUUCAAGAACGUGAUGAACCUCAUUGAUUUUGUGGCCAUCCUGCCCUACUUUGUGGCACUGGGCACUGAGCUGGCCCAGCAGCGGGGGGUGGGCCAGCCGGCCAUGUCACUAGCCAUCCUGCGGGUCAUCCGGCUGGUGCGCGUCUUCCGCAUCUUCAAGUUGUCUCGGCACUCGAAGGGCCUGCAGAUCUUGGGCCAGACGCUCCGGGCGUCCAUGCGCGAGCUGGGCCUCCUCAUCUUCUUCCUCUUCAUCGGCGUGGUCCUCUUCUCCAGCGCGGUCUACUUUGCCGAGGUCGACCGGGAAGACUCCUAUUUCACCAGCAUCCCUGAGUCCUUCUGGUGGGCAGUGGUCACCAUGACGACAGUCGGCUAUGGCGACAUGGCCCCCGUCACGGUGGGUGGCAAGAUAGUGGGCUCCCUGUGCGCCAUCGCGGGCGUGCUGACCAUCUCCCUGCCUGUGCCAGUCAUUGUCUCCAACUUCAGCUACUUUUACCACCGGGAGACGGAGGGCGAAGAGGCCGGAAUGUACAGCCAUGUGGACACGCAGCCUUGUGGCCCCCUGGAGGGCAAGGUCAAUGGGGGAUUGGUGGAUGGAGAGGUGCCUGAGCUGUCACCUCCACUCUGGCCCCCCCCUGGAAAACACAUGGUCACCGAAGUGUGAGGGACAGUCAAAGCCUGCAGGACCUCA